AUGACUGCCCUUCGCGUCAAUCGCGGCCUCGCGCCAUCUUGGCACAGCCAGCUUUCCGCUUCCGUGCUUUCCGCGCCUGCGCUCUUGCGCAUCCUGUCCCGCGCUCCGAGCAUCACUUCCGUUUCUCUCGCCGAAUGCGCUCUCGAUUUUUACGACGACGCGUUUCUUACCUCGCUAAUCUCCGCCUCCUCGCGACUCGUCCGCCUGAGCCUGCACGAGGCGCGCUUUACGGCAGAGCCUCAGUUUGGAAUUGGUCAUCAGCCUUUGGAUGAGUUUUUUCGCUUGGCGGCGCCGCGGUUACAGGAGCUGGCGCUCUCGCACUGUCUCGGCCAAAUGAUGAAGCUUCCAGAUUCCAUCGCGUCCUUGUCCUCGCUGCGCGUGCUUCGGCUACACUCCAAAUUUCUCCGUAUGCUGCCCGACGGGAUAUGCCAGCUCUCCACGCUCCAGGAGCUCUGCUUAAGCUGCCCGUUACUGUUGCGGCUGCCCGAAGCAAUUGGGAGGCUGGAAUCGUUGACGCAGCUCUCGCUUUCGGAAUGCAAAGGAAUGCGGCAUCUUUCCGAGUCGUUCGGCGACCUUUCGUCCCUCACCUCCCUCCAGAUCGACGGCUCCUGGCAAGUGAUUGGUUUCCCAGUCCGCAUCGGCGCGCUGCAGCGAAUGCGACGGCUGGAGCUGCGAAACUUCGACAACGGGCUGCCAGACGCGUGCAAAAGAUGGACAAAUCUGGAGGAAGUUACGCUGGACUCGUGUCGCAACAUACCCUACCUUCCGGCCGCACGAAUCGAGUCGCUAACGGCUCUCACCAUCCGUAACUGCCGGGAUUUCAACAUCCCCCGAUUCGAACUCAUCUUCGCUUCUCAUCUGCGCCACGUCACCAUCGACUGGGCGAGCUCUGGUGUGUCGCUCGAGUCGCUAAGCCAUCUCACAUCGCUCGAGCGGCUCGAGGUGGCACACGUGCAAGAAAACGAGCCGUUCCCCGUGGGACUCUUCGCUCUGCCGUCGCUGGCUUUCGUGAAGCUGGGUUGCGUCAAGUGGAUGGACGGAGGCAACGUCGUUCCGCUUUGGGAGUCGUACCGUGCAAGCAACAUCUAUCUCACCUAUACAUCUCCCACCGUAAUCUACAACGCAACCCUACCCAUCGCCGCCGCGGCCACGAUUGCCACAUUCCCGCCCCUAGGCCGUUCCCUCCGUCAUCUCGACCUGAGCAUGGGCGAGCACCAACGCUCAGAACGAAGGUUCAUGUCUCCCGGGAUAUGUGCGCUCGAGUGGCUAACCCACCUCACCAUCUCAGAUCUCCAUAUUUCCAACCUCCUGCCAAUAGCCCUCGGGCGGAUGUGUAGUCUCCGCUCGCUCUCGCUCUCCGGUCGCUUCCAGUUCUUCCCUCCGUCCCUCGCGCUCCUCGCGUCGUCCCUGCAGUCGCUGACGCUGCACUUUACCCGCGAAGGCGGCUACUUAAACCGCGACGAUCAGUCUUGCCCGGGAUUUUCCACUCUCCCUGACGGCUUUGGCUCGCUACAGCAAUUGACCCAACUCGAAAUUUCCAAGUGUGCUUCUUUCACGCAUUUGCCCUCCUCAUUCCCCUCCCUCCCUUCUCUCCAAGUGGCCUGCUUCAAUCUCUGCAAGGCUCUGCACUCCCUCCCUCCCCUCAUGGGUCAGAUGCUUCGUUUGGAGGUGCUUCAGUUAUGGGAGUGUGUGGCGCUAAAAUCUCUACCAAGAUCUCUUAGAGAAGCCAGAGCAUUGAGGCAUGUGGAUGUGUAUGGGAGUGGAUUGCUGGAAGAAGGGGGGGAGAUGGGGGUGUUUGGAAAGGGAGUUUGUGUAGUGAGGGGGGGAAAUGGGAAACCGGAGCGUGUGGGGCCCUAG